AGGAUGGGUGGUUUUUCAAUUUGCUCCUGUUGGAAAAUUGGAUUUUUGCAGUUCUCGCUGGAACAAGUUUUAGAGAAAAGAGGUGUUUGAUUUUAUUUUGUUUGAUUUAAUUUGAUUUGUUUUUUUUUGUGGAAAAACAACAACAACAGCAAACUACGAAAUUGUCUAUUUGCUUUUUUUUAGAUUUCGUUUCGAAUUGACAGUUGUAUUCGAUAUUUGAUAAAUUUUGAUUUUUGAUUUUUAAUCUUGAUUUUCUUUCUUUUUUUUUUGUGUUGGCGUUGUUGUUGUUUGGCGUCUUUUCGAGUUUGAAUUUGAAUUUGAAUUUGAGGUUUUGCUUUUGCUUUUGUUUUUUUCUUGAAAAAGACAGUACUAUUAGCUAAUAGACGUUUGUGCGUGUGUGUGUGUUGUCGUGUUUCUUUGUUUGUCUUGGUUAGCGCAUAAAAAGUCUGCAUCUGUAUCUGCGUGUGUUUUUCUCUCUCUUUGUUUCUGCCUUUUUUUCUUCCUUACGGUAUUGGUAUCCCUUUUCAUGUUUUUAGAAAUCGUUCUAGACCAUCCUUCCUUUACUUUUCAAGAACCCGUCACUGGUAAAAUUUGUUUUGAAACAAACACUGCAUCUUCUCCCCGUUCCUUUCAAAUCACCCUUCGUGUCAAAGGAUAUGCCGUCUACCACCACGGGUUUCUUUCCUCUCCUUCUUCCCACAAACACCCUACCAUCGCGAGUUCUCCUUCCGAUAGCGAUGAAACCACCGAAAUCUAUUCCCAUUCUUUCCCCGUUUCCAUCCCUGCAGGCCCUUCCGCCAAAUCCCAUGCUGUCGACUUUCAAUUCCGUUUCCCCGUAAAAGUUGCCGGUUCCCUUCCUUGCUCGAAAUCCAACGAUUCCAUGGUCAAUAUUCGCUACAUGCUGAAAGCUAGCAUCCAAAAACGGUAUGCAUUUCUCAGCUCUUCUCAAAGCUGCAAGGCCGAAGUCAUCAUGGCUCCAAACCAUUCCUCCGCCCCUUCAGCAUUACCAAAUUUCGAUCAUCCUACCUCUCUCUCCUUCCGUCCAACUCCCACCUCCCCUUCUUCUCCUUCUUCUCUUCCCAACAUGGCCACCAAUACUGCCACAAACACCUUUAACGCUUCUUCUACCUUUCGUCGUCCUUCUUUUAACCCUCAACUUCCUUUUGCCCAUCUUGCCGCCAAUCACGCCUCUCAAUAUUCCACGUCCUCUACUUCUUCUUCCUCUUCCACUUCUGCUCCUCAUUCCGCUACCACCACUACUACCACCCAUCCUCCUCCUUUUCUUUCCAUCGCUCCCACCGCUCCAAUGUCUUCUCUCUAUUCCGACAGAUAUCCCGCUUCUCCCACCUCUCCUCCUCCUCCUCCUCAUUUCCUUCCUUCUUACUAUUACCACCCUCAAAACUCUUCUUCCCUUGCUUCCAAUCCUCCUAUCUCUCCCGGUUUGGACCUUGCUGCCACCACCCACUCUACCUAUUCCUCCCCACGUCCUCACCUGGGCGCUUCCGUCCCAUCCUACCCCUACGAAUCUCCUCCCUCUGCUGUACCCACCACUUCUUCUUUCUACUCUUAUUCCACCACUCCUCCUCUCCUCAGUAAAACUGGCCUUCGUUCUUACACCUCUCCUCCCGCUUCUUUCUCUCACCGUCAACCUUCAUUCACCAAUCCUCCCCCUUCGUUCCCUCUCAACUCGGCUUCUUCUUUCACUAGAGAAUUUCCUCCUCCUUCUCCCUCUCAUUCCCAAUUUUACCCAAACCUUUCUCCCUCUGAUCCCCUUCCCAUCUCCACUCAGCCCAGCUCCUUUGCCGCUCUUGCCCCAGGUGAAAAGUUGAGCAUCCAUUUGGAGGAAGAUGACUUGGUUGGCGAUAUCUCCGAAAAUGAUCCCAUGCUCGACCAAACUGACUCUUCCUCCUCCGUCUUUCCUCCUCGAAAGAACUCUACUAUCUUUCAAAUGGAUGACCAUUUUGUUCAGGAACGUACUUCUUCUCCUUCUUCCGCCCAUACUCAAAGAACUUCCGUGCAUUCUUUAUCCCCAGAAGUUUGUCUUGCCUCUGAUUGCACUGUUAGUCCUUCUUCCACCGUCUCCGAAAAGGAACCAAUCGACUUUCAUCCUGCAAAGGAUUCACGAGAACUAAAUAUGGAUUAUGCUAAAGAGUUUGACGUUUUAAUUAACCAAGUUUUGCAAUCGCUCUAAUUUUUGAGUGCUUUUGGUUUUUCUUGAUUCUGAUUUCUGAUAUCUCUCUCUCUCUCUCUCUCUCUCUCUCUCUCUCUUUUUUCUAUCUGUCUAUUAUCAAAUUCUUAAAUAAUUUUCUCUUUUACUAUAUUUUUUUUUGGAGGUUGACUUUUCAAUGUCUAUCUUACCCUACCUUUUGCAUCAUCUAUGAAUUCAUUUCUGUGUGGACGGAAAUUGUUUUUGCUCUUUCAAAUGACUUUGUGAUUGAAAAAGGCCACAUGUCACUAUUACUGUCUAUAACAUAUACUGAUGUGUUUCCGAGUGUACAUAUAUAUACAUAUGCAUUUAUUCUAUCUGAUACCUAUUUGUUGUUUUUCAAAGGGAAUUCUUAAUCAUUUCAUAUAAUUUUUAUUCAUAUCGAUGCUUCGCAUUGCAAAUAGUUUUAUUAAUAAAGAAUUUUUCAUUGUA